AUGUCUCUCAUUGGGUCCCCCGCUCCCCCCAAGCCGAAGAAGAAGAACAAGAAGAAGCACGUACGAAUAGCGACGGCUACCUUAGUGGCUAAAGUACCUUUUGGGUACGGAGAGCCGGGAGAGGUACGGAAGUACUUGGGCUUUCUUCACCUCACCUUGUCUCAUCGACCACCUUAUCCGCAUUACACUACCUACGUGACUGACUACCUACCUUACUCCGUUCACUACACACCCAUCCCACCUCAGGUUGAUGAGAGAGAAUCCUCCUUCUCCUCCUCCUCUUCCUCCUCCUCCUCUCAUACCUUAGCUAUUCUCAUCCCAUACCGUCUCAUCACACCAUUGCUUGUCUUGUCACAGAACCCCUCCCCCACCUCGACUACCUACGCAUCCGAACUUCCCCAGCCACCCCUCUCUGCUUCCUUUCCCACCCCUCCGGUGCGCCUCUUCCACUGGGCACUUACUCACUCGCUCUUCGCCAUCCUCUCUGCCGGCCGCCGCUUCGACUCUGAGGUGUAUCAAACAGCAGCCGCAGCCGCCAGCAACAGCACCAGCAACCCAACAGCAGCACCUCACCUCCUCACCUUACCUACCUCACCUCACCAUUUCUCAACACCAGCCGACGCCGAUGCCGACGCCGCCCUCGCCGCUGCCCAGAACGCGACGCCCUUUUCCCCUUCCCACAAAGUACCUCCCCUGUGCCUGUGCCUGUACCAGGAUCCACCCCACCACAAUCCAGAUCUCCGAAGCUUCUCUGCAAGCCCUGCCGCUACCGACCACGCCCACUCCCACGCAACCCUCAACUCGCUGAGACGAACUAGGAAGCUCUGCGCUGCAGCUGCUCGCCGUUUCGUUCAAAAUGUCAAUAAACACCACGGAGUCAUCCCGGUCAGCGUCCGUGGUAACCCCGCUGCCAACCUCGACCAUCAACCUCCUCUCUCUCACACUCUCGGCUACAUACCACCCCCACACUUGCCGUCCACCAUGACGGAUCAGUAUCUGCAAGAGCAGCAUGCCCUUACCAUUGCCCGCACCGUCCAGAGAGAACGACAGCUUGCCCAGGCCCGCCUAGAUUCUGACCAUGGUGAUAGUUGGGUCAUGAUCACCCAGACGGGUGAUAUCAACCCUCUUCCUCACGAACACAUCAGACACAGAUCCAAUGCCAAAAUAAGCCUCGAGCUGUCGGUACCCAAGGCCUUACAGCAAGGAAGGACGCCCUUUGCGCGCAAGAGCGACAAUGGCACGGCAUACAUCACAACACAACGGGUCAUUUACAUUCCUGCGAAACCCACCGCCGAGUUCAAGUCGUUCCAUGCGCCAAUCUUGAACUGCGCCGAUUCCUACGUUGGCUCGCCGUUCUUUGGCGCCUGGUUCUGGUCCGCCACCGUCGUGCCCGUCUCUGGAGGCGGCGUGCCUGCCGACAUACCACGGGUCGAGGUGAAGAUGAGCUUCAAGGAGGGCGGUCACAGCGAGUUCCGGCAAAGGUUCGAGGAGCUCAAGGAACGACUUGAGCAUGUGAGGCGUCUGCAGCAGGAAACGGGACAGACGGUCAACAUUCCGGACGAGCCGCUGCCGGCCUACGAAGCAACCGAGGGCGGCGGAGCAGCUCCGAGCAGCCUGGCGCCGCAACAGCAGCAGCAGGAAGAAGCGGCCGGUCGGCCGGCAAGUCCGGGGGGUCAGAAUGCAAACCGGCGUCCGGACGAACCCCCACCGGAUUAUGAUGAGGCGCAAGCACAGACGCUCAGCAUGCGACUCGAGGACCAUGUUCGCGAAGAGUCUGACAGAGCAUAG